UGAUUCCUAGACACAAGUCAUGCCCCUUCUUCUCUGAUGAAGGAGGAAGUGACACCAUCUCUCCCUCUUCCUAUCCCUUUCCUUCCGCCAUGUAAAUCAGCCAGGUCUGGUCUUGAGCAUUUCAAGCACAGAACGCUUGUUCAGAACUACAAUCUGUAUGUUGUACUCAAGAGUAUGCUAUCUGUGUUCUCUUUGCUGCUGCUUGGAUAAAUGCAUAAACCUGGCCUUUGGAACGUUUUUGUAAGUAAAGCAUUUUAAACUUACUGUACUGGUGUGGUGUGUUCAAUGCUAAGAGGGAUAGAAAACAGAAAGCGCAGUAUGCAACAAAAUGGGAUAUGGAAAAGAUUUAACAGCCUGAAUUCCCACAUUCUACUGCUGAACUUCGCGAGUUUAAACUCUGCUACUGGAGGCUCUCUCCCACUGGAGAGUGUGUUAAGCCCCACAUUUUGAAUCUAGGCACCCAGCCAAUCAUUUUAUUUAUUUGCCCCACACACGUGGGCCACAAGGAUUAUAUAUCUCCCCUCCCUUGAUACCUUUAAUUUUUGCAUUUUGGAAACAUUCUUUGCUUGGAUAACUGCACCACAAAAUUCAUGCAAGUGCAAAUUUUGAACGAUGGCUACAUGUCAGUUCUCAUGAGUCAGCUUGAUAAGAUUUAGCCUUGAAUGCAAACUGAAUCAAAUUUCUACCCCAUCCCUGUGGGGAGGGCCUGGCAAACCUUGUAUCUAUACUACAAACGGGAGGCAGUGGAAGACAGGAGUGCCUGGCGUGCUCUGGUCCAGGGGGUCACGAAGAGUCGGACACGACUAAACGACUAAACAACAACAACAAUACUACAAACUGUCUCUGUGUGCUAAUAUGAACAGGCAUGAUAUUCCAUAGGGUACUCUUGGGGCCGUAGCCUUCUAGUACAGACAGUACAGUGGUACCUCGGGUUACAUACGUUUCAGGUUACAUAUGCUUCAGGUUACAGACUCCGCUAACCCAGAAAUAGUACCUCGGGUUAAGAACUUCGCUUCAGGAUGAGAACAGAAAUCAUGCUCCGGCGGCGCAGCGGCAGUGGGAGGCCCCAUUAGCUAAAGUGGUGCUUCAGGUUAAGAACAGUUUCAGGUUAAGAACAGACCUCCGGAACGAAUUAAGUACUUAACCUGAGGUACCACUGUAUUGAGUUAGAUGGACCAAUGCUUUAGCUGAGAUUGCAGGGGGUUAUUCUAUGACUCUAUAUAAAGCAUGUUUUCCCAUGUUCCUAUCAGCUUUACCUUUCAUAUAGGCCAGAAUGCCUCGAAUCCGCUCCUUCAAUUUAACGCUCGAUUUGAGACUUUCAACGGAGAUAGGGUCGUCGUUUUUAACUCUGAUACGGGGAGAGAGCGGGAUCUUCUCUUGGACCUGGGACUAUUCGUCACAGUAAGUAAGAGGAGAGCCCUAUUGCAGGAAUAAUUUGUGGGUAGAACAGCUGGGGAUGUAUAUCUGAGACCUAAAGGAUAAACCAAAGCUCAGUAUUUCAAUAUCAUGAGGUGGAAGGGUGAGGGGACCUUGAUUUAAAACAGGAAUGAGGAAUCUGUGGCCAUUGAGAUGUUGGACAAGAAGUUCCCAUAAUUCCUAAUAAUUAGCCUUGCUAGCUGGGACUGAGGGGAGUUCCACAAACAGCUGGAGAACCAUAACUUCCCAACCAAUGAAAAAAAAUGUUCUCAUCCUGCAUAUUUGGGCUCCUCCAAAUGGCCUGUUUACUGAGCACUCAUCCUGAUUUCCAAAGCUUACAAGGAGGCUAGACUAUAUCCAGUCUCCAAUUAAAGCUGCUUGUUAUUUUAGGUGGGAUAAAAUAAUACCCCUUAUAUCUGUAUUAUGAACAGUUUCGUGAUUUUUGAUGCCCGCCGCUGCUUUUUCUCCACAGUAAACAUGGCCAAGUUUAAGCAACCAGGGCUGCAUUCAGAUGGCACUUUAUAAUUAUUAUUAUUAUUAUUAUUAUUAUUAUUAUUAUUACUAUUAUUAAUUUAUACCCCGCCCAUCUGGCUGAGUUUCCCCAGCUACUCUGGGCAGUUCCCAAUCGAAUGUUAAAAACAAUACAGCAUUAAAUAUUAAAAACUUCCCUAAACAGGGCUGCCUUCAGAUGUCUUUUAAACAUAUGAUAGCUGCUUAUUUCCUUCACAUCUGAAGGGAGGGCGUUCCACAGGGUGGGCGCCACUACCAAGAAGGCCGUCUCUCUGGUUCCCUGUAACCUCGCUUCUCGCAAUGAGGGAACUGCCAGAAGGCCCUCAGCGCUGGAUCUCAGUGUCCGGGCUGAACGAUGGGGGUGGAGACGCUCCUUCAGGUAUACUGGGCUGAGGCCAUUUAGGGCUUUUAAGGUCAGCACCAACACUUUUAAUUGUGUUCAGAAACGUACUGGGAGUCAAUGCAGAUCUCUCAGGAUCAGUGUUAUGUGGUCUCGGCGGCCACUCCCAGUCACCAGUCUAGCUGCCGCAUUCUGGAUUAAUUGCAGUUUCCGGGUCACCUUCAAAGGUAGCCCCACGUAGAGUGCAUUGCAGUAGUCCAAGCGGGAGAUAACUAGAGCAUGCACCACUCUGGCACCACUCUUAUCUCAUUGGCAUUUCCUUACCUGCUCUCUCCACCCCCUCAAGUUUAUGCGAUAUUUCACACACUGUAAAAGCCGCUUCCAGAAAUCUGGUGGAAUCUAGCGGAAGAAUAGAUCUCGUUUCUUUAACCGUUUCCAGCAAAAAUCCAUUUGCAAACCCAUGAACUCAGAAAAACUGAGAUGUAUGUUUACAAAAUUUGCGGUGGUAUACCGGCAUACUCCUCUUUCCUGCCAUUUAAAAUUUAGUGUGGCAUGCUAGCACCUUGAUCCAAAAGUCACAGAUCAGUGACACAACAAGGCGCUGCUGUUUCAAAACAAUGCUAGAAAUCGGGACAGAAGCUCUAGCAUUUUAACCAGUAAAACCAACACAAUAAACUCCACAUCUGAAUGCAGCCCUUGUAUUAAACUCAUGCCUAACACUAUGUAAAGGUAAAGGGACCCCUGAUCAUUAGGUCCAGUCAUGGUUGACUGGGGUUGCAGCUCUCAUCUCUUUAUUAGCUGAGGGAGCCGGCAUACAGCUUCUGGGUCAUGUGGCCAGCAUGACUAAGCCACUUCUGGCGAACCAGAGCAGCGCACGGAAACGCCAUUUACCUUCCCGCCGGAGUGAUACCCAUUUAUCUACUUGCACUUUGACGUGCUUUCGAACUGCUAGGCUGGCAGGAGCAGGGACUGAGCAACGGGAGCUUACCCCGUCGCGGGGAUUCGAACUGCCGACCUUCUGAUCGGCAAGUCCUAGGCUCUAUGGUUUAACCCACAGCGCCACCCGCAUUCCAACACUAUGUAGUUAGGCUUAUAUUCUCUUGGCAAGUCUCUAGCUUUCCCUCUUGCCUGUCUGCUAACAUCAUAGCAAUGGUUCCUAUUCAUGACAAAAGAUGCAUAGUUGAUCUAACUCAGGCAUCCUCAACCUUUGGCCCUCCAGAUGUUUUGGACUACAAUUCCCAUCAUCCCUGACCAGUGGUCCUGUUAGCUAGGGAUCAUGCGAGUUGUAGGCCAAAACAUCUGGAGGACCACAGGUUGCGGAUGCCUGAUCUAACUCUUCAUUUCUCUUUCCAGGUAGCGUUCUCCUUUAACGCCCAAGAUAUGGUGUUGGAAGUGUUCAACCGGCCAAUUAUUAGACUCCCAACCCCACCAGGAAUGCAAGUGGUGGAGCACCUCGCUGUAACUGGUGAUAUCGAUGUUAAAUCCAUCUCAUUCAGCCAUCUCUUUCUUGCCUCUGGAAAUGGUAACUUUUUAAAAUGACGACGUGAUCUUCGAUUCUUCCCAUUAGUUCUUGCAGUGGUUAGUAUGCAAUGUAAGUUUCUUUUAAGAAAGCCAAAGCAGAUUUAGCCAUGUAAAAGACUUGGGAAGUAGCAAUGGGCCGUAUACUUGCUGACUUUUGUUACCACCGUUGCUUUUAUUUUGGAAUAAAACUGCUCUUCUCUA